AUGUUUAUUAUUAAAACUCGGAAAAACUCCCAUCCCUAACCCUUUUCAUAUUAUGAAAUCAAAAUUCACGAGGUCAAAAGUUAUCCAUCCUAAAGAGCACUGGUUUCAGAAUAAAACUAACAAAAUUAUUUAAAAUUACGGCUUGGUACAACAAAUACAAAUCCGAUAUCCGUGUAGAGUAGAUCAAAGACUCUUGCACAUAUUAAAAAGGAAAAGGUUAUACCCUAAGAAAUCAAUUAUAAUAUUGCAUACAAAAAAAUUUUUAGUCAAAAAAAUCUGUUCCAACUGAUGGGAGGAAACAUCUGA